AGGACGCGGCCCUGGUGCGGCUGCUCUCCGCCGCGGGGCUGGCCGCCCAGCUGCUGCGCGGCCGCGAGCACACGCGCGCCCGGCACGUGCGCGCCGCGCUCGGCCACACCGCCAACGCCAUCAUCGUGGACGCGGCCUGCCCCGGCGCGCAGCGCCUGCUCGUCCUGGCAACGCGGUUAAGGCUGUUCCACAUUGCCAACACGUGGAUCAUUUUCGAGGACGCCGCGCUGGGGUCCAACCCCGCAGCCACCACCGCCUCCGACGACGUAGACCUUCGACGAGAUGACGAAUUCGACGACCUGGACAACGUGACAGUUUACCGCUAUGGAGCGCAGAACCGCGAGGACGCCGUGGACCCCAAGGAGGAGGCCUUCCUGGAGGUGCGGCCACCGAUGCCCCCACGCGCCAGGUCAGGGCUGCUUGCGCCGCAGUCGGACCGACUGUCCGCAACGGCCGUCCAGAUCUUGGAUGGGAAAGGCAUGUUCGUUGACAGCCACGUCCUAUGGAUACAGACUACGGGGCAGCAGGUGGAGGCGCUAGAGGUGUUCCGCGCGUGCCUGGCGCGCCCGCUGCAGGCGUACGUCGUGGCCGUGGCGGACCUCCCGGACGAUCCUGGGGGCGUGCCGCAGUGGCGCUGGACGAUGGGGGGCGAGGAGGAGGCCCUGCUCAGGGAGAGGCGCACCGACCUCCAGGGUGCCACGCUGCGUGGCUCCACCAUCAUCAAGUACCCGGAGGAGUACACCGACAUCGAGGACAACAACCUGCGAAAGAACGACCUGUACCCUAAAAUGAACUGGCCGGUCACUCAAAACCUGGCCUACAGCCUAAACUUUGGGAUGCUGAUCUACAAGAGGGACAACUACGGCUGGGACGACGGGCACGGCGUGUUCGACGGCAUGAUCGGCGAGAUGCAGCGCCACGAGCACGACAUGCUGGCCACGGCCGUGUUCAUCAGGCCCGACCGCCUGCCCCACAUCGACCUGGUGGCCGAGACGUUCGACAUGCGCACGGCCGUGCUGUUCCGGCAGCCCAGCAAGUCGUCCGUGUCCAACGUGUACGUGCUGCCCUUCUCGCCGGGGGUGUGGCGCGCCACGGGGGCCGUGAGCCUGCUGGCGCUGCUGCUGCUGGUCGUGCAGACGCAGUGGUGGCGCAGCCACCGCAGCAGCGAGCAGAGCGACGACCCCGCGGACCACAUCGAGGUGGGCGACUGCGUCACCUUCAUCGUGGGCGCUCUCUCGCAGCAAGGGUUCUACUGCACGCCCAUCAUGGUGUCGGCACGCAUCACCAUCAUCACCACGUUCAUCGCGAACCUGUUCCUCUUCACUUCCUUCUCGGGCUCCAUCGUGGCGAUCAUCCAGUCGCCGAGCACGGCGAUCCGCUCCGUGCAAGACCUCAUGCAGAGCGAGAUGAAGGUCGGCGUCCAGGAGCUUCCCUUCCAGCACGUGUGGUUCCAGGAAGCUGUUGCGGAACAUGAUGUGGCGAGUGACGUAUUCAACAGCAAGAUCAACACCGAAGAUAGUCCGGGGUUCCUCACGACAAAAGAAGGUAUCAAGAAAGUCCGAUUCGAAAGGUUCGCUUUCCAGGUGGAGACCAACGAGGGGUACCGGGAGAUCCUGGACACGUUCACCGAGCCCGAGAAGUGCGACCUCUCGGAGCUGGAGCUGUUCCCGGCCGCGCCCAUGGUGUUCUGCACCUCGGAGAAGUCGCCCUAUCGGGAGGCGCUGUCCCGCGCGUGAGUCUCCCUGACCCCCUUGCGAGGGACCAGAUUGCGGCG